CUCUCGGUUCAGUCACUCAGUGUUCCAGGCGCCCUCCUACCAUAGUGCUUUGACCGUCACGUUUUUUUCCCGUUCUUACAAUGGAUUAUUAUCUCGUCGUACCCGAUCGUAUUCCAAUUAGCAUCUAUUAUUAUUCAAUUACUAUAUCCCUUUAAUAGUCUGUUCGGUUCGUCGUGUCGCUGCUAGUUGUCGAAAUACUCGGUUGACACCAAAAUAAGUGUGGCAGGCUGCAAGAUUUGAAGCAGGAAUAUUGAAUUGAAACCCCCGAUUGUAUCGAUGGAGAGACUGUCUUCGCACCAUGCAAGACUGCUAUGAAGCUUGCAUUCCUUUACAGCUGGGCUGUUCUCAUCUUCUUCUGCUCCAGCCCCACAGAUAAAUCAUGUGCAUGCCUGGAAAUUCGAGUCCCGGUCAACUACACGGCUUUGACGGGAGAUCUGGAGGUGCACCUCUCGGAUGUUCCCUCCGAGUACACUCGGCUCCAGCUCCUCAAGUCCAUCGCUCACGGAUGGUCCCUUAUCGGCUCCAUCCCGCUCCCUGUCCAAACGCCCACGCACAUCAACUCAUCAGACGUUUAUCAGAUGGUAGUGGUAAAGUUCCCGUGCGGAGUCAUCACCCAAGGAGGAAAGUACGGGGUUCGACUCCGUAUUGACGAGGCGGAUCAUAGCACGUCCAACUCCGUGCUUCCGGCCAAUGAGUUCAGAGCCCAAGUGCCUUCUUUCCCGACUGCUCAAUACCCUGGAGAUGAACACGCCGACUCGGAGGACGCGGAAGAGAUAUACGAGAUGGAGGUGCGCUGGCUCGGCGCUAGCCUGACGUUGCACCCGCAGGAGAUCCAGACGUAUCCGGAAACACCAGUUACGGCCACGCUCAUGUUCCAGACGCCGCAAUGCGAGCCGGUUGUCGAUUCCUUGGUUCCUGAAACAUGGAUCGAUCUCCUGUAUUGUGGACAUUCGACCAUCGGUUGCACGCACACCAAUUCUUCGCACAGACAGCUUCUGUACUCGGAGCAAGUUCGGGGGUAUCCUCAGCUGAGGGAGAUCAAACUGGAAUGCAAUCUUUUCGGUCUGGCGGGUCACUAUGUUCUGGCCCUGCGCACCGACAUGCAUUUUCCGAGCCCUAUAAUAGCCAGCUCUCGUCAGGAUGCGUCGCUAAAGGCAGAAUGGAGUGAGAAAUUCGUGUUCAACGUGCACGCCCGGAGCAUUUUCCCGUGCGACGCCCACGGCGGCGGGGUCUCGGUGCUGUUCCAGUACCCCUCCUGCAUCCUGUCCACCGGCGACCGGGUCCGCGUCUUCGCCCGACAGCGCGCCGACGUCUCGGCCAUCGUCCCGCCGUCCGUCCUCGAGUACGUCACCGAGCAGAAGAUCCUCAAGGGGAAGCACAGCCUCCUCUUCGACUGCGAGCUCUUCACCGAGAAAUACGUCGAGUACUGCUUCGUCUACGUCAGCCAGGCACUCACCGGUGCCGUCUCGGACGUCCGCAUGGAUUGUGUGCCCACCCUUCCCGUUUCUGAGGGAGACUCGGGGCAAUGGGGUCCAUGGAGCGAGUGGACUCCCUGUUCGACUACAUGUCUCGGUGGCACUCGAAAUAGGUAUCGCUUCUGUGACAAUCCAGCACCUCGAUUUGGAGCAAAAUUUUGUGAGGGCCACGCCCUGGAGACGGAGCAGUGCGGGGAGGGAACUGGAUGGGAGUGCCAGCUGUUCGUAGGUCAAGGGUUCCCGGCGGAGCUGCCAGCGGACCGCGCGGAGAUCCGAGCCGAGAUCGGUCCCGCUUGUCGCUGCGGAUGCGUCAUUCACUUGGGGGUUGGCAAACCUCGCCGCCUUCUCGCCAGCUCCUCCCAAAGUUGUCCCGGAAGGACCUUCUGGCUAAUUCAAGCUGAUCGGUCAAACGUAGUGAUGCUGCUCUUGGAACACUUUCGGCUGACAUGCCCAUCGCAAUGGCUGAAAUUCCGGGACGGAGACUCCCUCUCAUCCAAACUUUUGACUGUCCUGUCGGGUACUCCUCUUCAUGUGGACCCCAUCGUUUCCACGGGUCCGUUCUUGCUCCUUGAAUUCUUCUCCGAUGAACUCGUCGCCACAGGCGAAGAGUGUUGGGGUGGAUUUUUGGCUCACGCGGAACAAAAAGAUCCCAGACUGACACUUGUGAAUACGUCGAUAAAAGUGAGCAUUGUGCCCCGACUGAGCAGCUAUUUAAAUGAGUUGUAUAUUUCUCACCUGUUUGUGGCCACACUUCUGGCAAUUGUCACGACUGCCUCUCUUUGUCUACUGACUCAAUACCUGCGUCGCUACAGCAAGUACCAGAGAGCCGCCGCCAUUGAAGAAAUGGUCACGGAUUUAUCUGAGGGUGACGGGAAGAGGGGUGGCUCGAGAGUCGGCGAAGCGGUACACUCAUCGACGACCACCCUUUUGUCGGAGGUGAUGUCGCUCCACCGCCUCCCGCGAGCCAACAAUCACAAGAGGCUCGUGGAAGACGAGACAGAAAUCAACGAUCCUCCCAAGGCCGACAUUUUGAAACGGUCGGUGCCUCAUCAAAUUUUGGAUUUUGCCAGCAAAUCACCGUUGACCUCUGUCCAGAGAAAAAUCCAAAAACCUAGAUCCAACAUGUCCAUAAAUUCUUCCUCAAAAAGUUGCAAUAUAGUAAAAGAGGGCGACAUAUCACCGGCAUCGAGCUCCUCGCAGAUGGACUCGAAGGCUCGGAAGGAUCGGAAGAACUGGGAGCGGAUGAUGGGCGGAGCCGGCUCGGAGCUGAGCCUCACGGGCUGCGACACGGAUCUCGAGAUGGACUACUACGACUACAACGUCCAGAACGCCUCCACGGUGCCGGGCUCCUACCUUGGGAUGGACCCGGCCUUCUGCGUCUGGAUCCCGCCGUUCGCCCCGGGGAACUGGAACGACGUCAACGGCGACGUCAACGGCGACGUCGAGCUCCAGACGCUGAGGAGCGACCGGCCCCACUCCAACACCGACUCCGAGUCGACUUGCUGCGCCAGCGAGAACUCCGGCUCCAAGUCCGAGAUCAGCAGUGCCUUAGCUUCCACCCCCGAACUGAAGAGGCUCCUGUGCGGGAAACUCCAGCCGCCGGUCCAGGUCCACCAGGCCUUCAUCGUCAAGGAGAAGGAGACGAGGGUGGAGAAGUCGCCGAGCCAGAGGACCAUGAUCGGCAUCUCGGCCGGGGAUGAGGAGAUCAAGUUCGUCGACGAUGACGACGAGGAGUUGGAGCUCGCUAAAGGGUUGAUCAGGAACCCCGGCUUCGUGAAAUUCCCCGGCGAGGCCAAUGCGUGAACUAUGUUGUUGCAUAUUGCAUACUUUUUGAAAUUUUAUUGGCACUAUGAACAUAAAUUAUUUGCUUAACUUAAACUUUUUUGAGAACCAAUUAUAUAUAUAUAUAUAUAUAUAUAUAUAAACGAUUAUAUAUAUAAUCGAUUAUAUGUAUAUAAUCGGUUUUCAAAAAAGUUUAAUUUAAACAUGCAAUGCGUGAACGCCGAGUCUUCAACUUCCGGAAGGAAAAGAACAUGUCAGUGCUUAGUACACUCAUGAAAAUGUUUGUAUCCUUGUGUUACUUUUGGUUGAUAUCGGAGGUGAAAAGGUCUCGAUACACGAUCAAAUUCCGAUCAAAGUAGACCAGUUGAUGACUGAUGUUCACCAUGCAACAGUCUUCCUUGAUCAAAAUUGGACGGACCGUCAAAUUUUGAUCGGAAUGAAGUGCCACCAUUCAUGAUUUCUUGCCACACGGAACAUUUCUGCCAAGUUCUCAUUUUAAAAUGAAGCGAAAGUAACGAUUUUUAGACGGAUGACUCCCGACACUUUGAUGGCAAUUGGUUCGGGAAUUCGAUUGUGUAUCGAGGCCUAUAAACAAACCAAACCCGAAUAUGUUGAUUUUGGUACAGCUUGUGGUGAAUUUAACGCAAAAAACAAUGGUGGGAAUGGGAAAGCCCAGAGUUAACUGCCCAAAAAGCAUUAUUCAACAGAUAAAUCGAGAUAUAUUGAAAUUAAGUCGCAAUUUUUUCCACGACUUUUUGGCGGCAGAAUCCCUAGGAUCAUCACCAUCUGAGCGGUUGUCCUUGAUCUUGUCGCUAUUUUAUCUCUAAACAGUCCUGUUAGGUAAAGGAAAUCGAAAUUUAAUUCAAAUUUUAUUUAUCACGAUUUGUUGUUCGAUAAUGUCGCGAUCAAUCGCCGCCGAUAAAAUCGCGAUUUUAUUGCGAAUGUAUGCAACAAAAUUGCAAUUUAUCGCAAUUUUUUAUCCGAUAAUAUUGAAUUAAAUCGACGUCCAUGAAAUCGGUGAGACGGAAAACGGUGUCUCCUUCGACGGCGUCAUUGAGUCUUAGAAUUGAUUUGAACUAUCUAGUAGUGUUAUUAUUGGGUUCCUUACAGAGUCACUCGAGGAAAGAGACAGAAUCAAAUUGCAAAUCAUCGAUUCUUUCAAGGACUUCAAUAUUUUGAUCGACUGCUCAUACUUCAGUGCUCUUAAUUUUUAUAAUUGCAAUCAUCAGUAAUUGCUUUCCACCGAUCUAGCUGUUCUGAUUAAACUUAAUGAUUAUAUUUAGAAUCUCAUAUGGGUCUUUUAAGAAAUAAGUCUUAGAUGUAGCUUUGGAUGGUCCGGAUUUGCCUUAUAAAUUGCUUUGAACAAUGGGCCGUGAUCUUUAAAAUUCUCGCCCUAAAACCAAUAGCUGUCACGUGAGAAGGGGUGAUGUCACAUUUUUUGGAACGAACUUUUUGAGCGAGGAAUUCUGAUCUAGUAAGCAUUUAGCUGACGGGAUUUUUCUUCGCGGUUCGCGUCCAUCAUCUUUUGAGUCCUGAAAUGCGGAUCCUUGCCAAAAAGAAUAAUAGUACGAAUAAGUUUAUUUUUCCUGGAAAUCGAGAAAUUCGUCAUAAAUCGAGCCAUCGCUGAUUAUUUCUUGCAUUUUUUUUACUCUACACUCGUAAAUUUAAUUUUAUUUAUUAGCUUGAUAAAAAAUAAUAGGUGUGGACUUAAAAUUGCUCAUUUUAUUAAUUUAUUGUGCUGAUAGGAAGAGUUUUGUUUACUUGAGAUCCUUUAUUGAAGUUAUUUUCUACGCUUUUUUACUUUUGUUACGGAGUUUAUCAGAAUAAAUAAUAAGUGUGAUUAUAGAAUAAGUAACAGGUCUUUUAGGCACCGCAGAAAAAUGGACAGAAAAUAUUUUUUAAUAUUUUUAAAGCUCAUACAUGUCAAUAAUUUUAAAUGAGCGGUGGUAGUUUUUGAUACGCCUACGGUCUGAACCUUGCAUAUCUACUUAAGUAAAA